AUGACAAAGCAAAGGCUGAGUCGCGAGUCCUAUAGAGUAGGAUGGAUCUCCCCAUUAGAGGUGGAACAAAUCGCAGCGCUGCAAAUGCUAGACGAGGAGCAUGAGUGUCUUCCUCAAUCAGGCGGAGAUAUAAACAUUUAUCACCUCGGCAGCAUUAGCGGCCAUAAUGUUGUGAUCGCUGGUCUUCCUUUCCCCGGAAAUUGCCCUGCUGCUGCUGUCAUUACACAAAUGCGAAUGACAUACCCGAACCUGAAAUUCCGCCUCCUAGUUGGCAUCGGUGGUGGUGUUCCGAGAAAAACAGACGCCGGUAUGCUUCGCUUGGGACAUGUUGUGGUUAGUAAACCAACUGGUACACAUUCUGGGACUGUUCAGUAUGAUCACGGCAAGGCACGUAUGGGUCAUUUUGAACAAACGGGAUUCCUUGCGCCCCCACCUACAGCCUUGCUCAACAUUAUGCGGGAUAUCGCCAUACAGCGUCAACUUGUCGACCAUGAUCCUAUCCAGGAAAAUCUAAAACGGAUUAAUACCAGUUGA